GCGGGGGGUGCCAGGGCGGCGGAGGGCGGCUUCAGGCCCAAAGGGGAUUGGGCGGCGGCUCUAGCUGGCGGGUCUUGGUUUGCGGAAGGGGCUGGAGUCCCUGCUUCUGGGUGACCGGCGCGAGGCCCGGCCAAUCCCUCCGCCGCCACCCACCCGCAACCGCGUCGGUUGACCGGCGGGUCCUUGGUCGCCAUUCCCUUGCGGAGCACCAGAGAGCGGGGUGGCGUCCGCUCCCUCAAGUCCUCGGUGCUGGGGAAUUCACCGCUCACCACACCCUGCCCCGCCUACGGUCCUGCUCGGGGACCAAACCACCGGAAGGCAGUGGCGGGAAAGGGGCGCCUGUGCCGGAGAUGAUCCUGAUGUAAACCACUGACAUAGCCAGAAAAUCAUGAGGCUGUGAUUUCCCAAACUCAGCUUCGUAACGUACUCUGUAGUUGAGGGAACAUGAGCCAUUUGCAGAACUUAUUGUUAGACACCCUCUUGGGAACCAAGCAUGUGGACAGUGCAGCCCUCAUCAAAAUCCAGGAGCGGAGCCUGUGUGUAGCAUCACCAGGUUUUAAUGUAAUGCCCAGUGAUGUCCGAACACUGGUGAAUGGAUUUGCCAAGAACCCUUUGCAAACCCGAAGAGAAGGAUUGUAUUUCAAGGAAAAGGAUUACAGAUGUGUCCGGGCAGAUGAAUAUUCUCUUUAUGCCAAAAAUGAGAACACUGGUGUGGUUGUCGUGAAGACCAAUCUGUAUCUUCUGGUGGCAACUUACACUGAGGGCAUGUAUCCUAGUGUCUGUGUGGAAGCCACAGAGAGCCUGGGAGACUACCUAAGAAAAAAAGGAAGUUAAGUCAUCAGAGGCCCAUGAAAGACACUUUUAUUGUUUUAGAAGAAAAUUGGAGAGCCUAAAGAAAAAAUAUUUUAUGGUUGAAAAAACACUAGAUAGAAGCCACUAAAAAAGAAGAAUGAAUUAAGGGAGUGAUUUUUAUUACUUCAAGAGAUACUCUUCUUUCAUUGAAAUUACUUGAUCAACUGUUUUUUUUUUUUUUUAAUAAGUGUUGGUCAUUGGCA